AUGAAGACCUCUGGUUUUUUCUUUACUUGGUCUAAUAACCACGAGGAAGGCAGUCGAGUGUACUCGAAGUUGGAUAGAGUUUUCACUAAUGAAAGUUGGUUAGAUCAUUUCCCGAAUACAAAAGCUAGUUUCAGAUGGGGGCCUCUUUUGGAUCACAGUUAUUGUUUGAUUAAACAUAUCAAGGUUGGUAACCAUGGUACUAAGCCUUUCUGUUUUUGCAACUACUGGAUGUUCAAAGAGGGUUUCAGAGAGAGUGUUCUUACUACUUGGAAGAAGCACCUUGUUACUGAUUUGAACUCGUUACACCAGCAACUUUUUAGGGUCAAACACAUCCUAAAAAGCUGCUAUGUUAAUAAGAAUGAGGAUGUUACUGGAUUGUACAAUGAAGCUCGAGAUAAGUUUAUAGAAGUACAAGAAGCAUUGGCCAUCAACCCGCAAUGUCCUUCAGCUGCUAGAACUGAAAAGGUGAAUCAUGCUAACUACCUAGCUGCCCGAAAACAGUAUUUUAGCUAUUUGCACCAGAACUCGAAAGCUUGUUGGUUAAGGCUUGGCAAUGAAAACACAAGUUAUUUUCAUGCUAUCAUGAAAAAGAGGAGAGCUGAGAACAAAGUGUGUUCGUUCACUGUUAAUGGAGUUGUAGUUGAUGAGUACGACAAAGUAGUUGAGCAUUUUUUAAGCCACUUCCGCAAUUUCAUGGGGAGACAAAGCUCGGCUUCUAGAAGAUUGGAAGAGGAUUGCCUCGAGUUUGGGAAUAAACUUACUAUCGAACAACAAGUGAGUCUAAUUCGUCCGUUUAGUAAAAAGGAUGUAAAAGAAGCUUUAUUUGGCAUCAUUCGUCCAAAAGUCCGGGGCCUGAUGGGUUUGGAAGUGAAUGAAACAUCCAUAUCUCUUAUCCCCAAGAUUGAUAACCCUCAAGGAGCUAACGACUACAGACCCAUUGCUUGUUGUGCCACAACUUACAAAUGUAUUUCGAAGAUGAUAUGUACCAGACUCUCGGAAGUUCUUCCUGAGCUUAUUCAUGAAAACCAAGGUGCUUUUGUUAAGAAGAGACUUUUAGCUCACAAUGUGUUGAUUUUGCAGGAUCUUCUUAAAGGAGCCUCUUGUGCCCUUCUGCUUAAUGGAAGAAUUCAAGGUUCUUUUAAGGGUGAAAAAGGCCUUCAUCAAGGGGACCCGAUGUCUCCGCUUCUCUUUGUGCUCAUAAUGGAGUAUUUAACUAGACUUCUUAUUCAGAGUUCUAAGAAGAAGGGAUUUGGAUUUCACCCUUUGUGUACAUCCUUAGGCCUUGUCGAUUUAUGCUUUGCGGACGAUCUCAUUAUUUUUUCCAAAGGCAAUGACAAAUCCGUUCAGAUGGUGAAAGAGGCCUUCUAG